AUGCCCGACGACAAAACCACCACGACCAGCACCAGCACCACCACCGGUGCUACUACCGCCUCGACCGGCACCACCAGUACCACGACGACCACCACCGCCGCCGCAUCGACAAACGCCUACACGUCGGACACGGCCGGUCUGCGGGAGAUGGUGGUCAACAGAGACCCUGAUCUGAUGCGGUGCCUAGCCAAGGGAGAAAGGGACCGAGCCGCCCGGCUCCGCUGGUAUGAAAAAUCCCCCCCGCCGAGACAAAAGGGGCCGUCGUACAAAUACACGACAGUGCGAAACCUGUUCGGUAGAUGCAUCAAAGCUGAGCCUGCUUUGCAUGUCAAAAAAAGUUAUAGUUUAGGUGGUAAGACGGACAAGAUUGGCCAGGGUCAUUUCUUUGGUAUGCGACAAUCUGGCCGCGCAGGCGAGAUUCAUUCAGUCCCAGAACAAGAAUUAGCAGAGUUUUGA